AUGGCCACCUCGUUGAGCCCGCUUCCUCCCUCACACCAGUCUAUCCUUCCAGCCAAGGCGGGACAGAAACGAAAGAGGGCAACGAGUGCUGCGGCUCUUGAUCAUAUCCUCCCGACACCCCAACCGCAACAUCCUUACCUCAGCGGCAAUUUCGCACCAAUUUACCAGACUCUCCCCCUCACACCGUGCACCUAUAUCGGACAAAUCCCUAAAGAGUUGGCUGGCGGAGAAUAUGUGCGCAAUGGCAGCAACCCGGUGACAAAUGACGACUUGGGUCGUGACGCGCAUUGGUUCGACGGUGAUGGCAUGCUCUCCGGCGUUUCAUUCCGGGAACAUUCAGAGACUGGAGAAAUCAUUCCAGAAUUCGUCAACGCCUUUGUGCAGACUGAUCUCUAUCGAUCCGCGAUCACCUCUCCAAGGCUAAAAACGCCUAUCCUACCUUCCAUCGCUACUCUGGUAAAUCCACUCGCCAGCUUCAUCCGCAUCACUCUCGCCAUAUUCCGCACACUGCUACUUGUGCUUCUGUCAAAUCUGCCAGGCUCCCGCCAGGCCAUCAAGAAGAUAAGUGUUGCGAAUACGAAUGUGGUCUACCACGAUGGCCGGGCUUUGGCAACAUGUGAGAGUGGGCCGCCGAUGCGGAUUCAAUUGCCAGGCCUAGAAACGGUGGGCUGGUAUGAUGGUACCUCAGCAGAAGGGGAGCCUGCGAAAGAGCGACAAGCCGCUUCUGCAGCUACAGAUGGCAAAGUCCUGGGUGGGGACAGCGGAGGUCUACUGGGUUUCAUGCGCGAGUGGACCACGGCACAUCCUCGCGUCGAUCCGGCAACAAACGAGAUGAUCAUGUUCCACUCCUGCUUCGCGCCACCAUAUGUGCAGUACAGCGUCGUUCCUCCUGCUGGACCAACAUCAUCAUCAAACAUCGACUCUGAGAAGUCAGCCUACUCGACGCUGCUUCCAUCGAAGAGGAUCAUCAACGCAGCUGUACCCGGUGUCAAGUCUGCGAAGAUGAUGCACGACUUUGGCGUCUCUGCUCUUCAUACUAUCAUUAUGGACCUACCACUCUCACUUGAUCCGACUAACCAGCUCCGUGGCGCGCCGCCGGUGAGCUAUGACCCAUCGCAGCCCGCACGAUUUGGUGUCUUUCCAAGACACAGCCCGCAAUCUGUCAAGUGGUUCGAGACGGAUGCUGCGUGCAUAUUUCACACGGCAAAUAGCUGGGAUGUGAGGCAAGCUCAAUGGGAGCGACGAGAGACACAGCAACGACGCCGUCAGCUACGUCUGACAGAACAAGUGCAAGAACGGACAAUGGACGAAUGGUCUUUGUCAGAUAACAACUCGACUGUUUCAGGCGAGGUUGUCGAGGUGAACAUGCUUGCCUGUCGCCUGACCUCAGCAACGCUAGUCUUUGCAGCGGGCAAUAUCGCGCCGCCCGUGGUCAAGCGGAACACUCGUGUAGCGACUGUUGCAAAGAGGAAACGCAUGCCAUUCUUCAGCAAGUAUGACGACACUAUCGAGGAAGUCGUGGUGGACGAACAGCACGACAAGGUACGCAUGGAUGACGAGAGCACAGCACCACUUCUCCACCGAUCUAGUAGUCUGCCAGAGCUAGAAGCUACCACAAGCCUUGUGCCGUAUUCAUCCUCUGGGGCAUCUGCCGAGGAUGAAGGUGAAGAGUGUCGCCUCUAUCUAUAUUCGUUCUCUUUAUCUACCGGCCAGAUCACUCAGCAGUACGCUCUCACUGCGCUGCCGUUCGAAUUCCCUGCGGUCGCGCCCAAGAAGGCAAUGCAUCCUGCUCGCUUCGUCUAUGGCUGCAGCACGACCACCGCAGCGAGUUUCAGUGCUGCGUUGGGUAAAGCGACCAAGAUCGAUGCUCUGGUCAAGAUCGACGCAAGAAUUCUGGUUCGGCGAGGAAGAGCCAACCCACCACGUGGUGUCACUGGAUGUGUGGACACAAGGAGUAUGCGAGAAGUGCUGCAAAGCCAAAAAGAAGCUGAAGCAGGAACCCAGACAGCGGAGAAAGAACCCAUCAGCGUAUUCACAAUGCCAGACGGAUGGUUCGCACAAGAAAUGCGCUUCGUGCCCUCUCAAAACCCGUCGUCAAGAUCGUAUCAGAUGGAGAGCAACGAUGACGACUACGAAGAUGACGGAUAUCUCCUAUUCUACGCCUUUGACGAAUCUCAACUUCUUCCCUCCGGCGACGUUCCUUCGGACACCGCACCUGCUGCUCACGAUGCUUCGUUCCCUCCGUUACCAUCUGCAGCGGCCAGCCCGGAUCUCCUCUCUUCUCCCGCCGCCACCUCUCCACAUCGUGCCCACUCCGAACUCUGGGUUCUCUCUGCACGUGAUAUGAAGACUCUCAUCGCACGUGUACGACUGCCACAGCGCGUGCCUUAUGGUCUCCAUGGCGCCUGGUUUGGGAAGGAGGAGGUCGACAGUCAACGCGGCGUGGAAAGCUUCCGGAUUGCGAUCGACGAUGCACGCCGUGUAGACGACGAGAAGUCCUGGAUGGGCGAGGCGUGGAGUAUGGUCAGAGCCAGCGUUGAGGAGAUGCUGGGUUGA